GAUCACGUGUCAACAAUGUCUAUCCCCUUCAGUGGUACAUCCUGUAAAAAGAAGCUCAUGGAGUGGAGUACUUUCACAGAAGUCGCUCAAUGCACCGAACAUGAUCAUGGCUCCACAGUGGGAAUAUCAAAUACAAGGAAAACGAAUCUCCGAUCAGACGGUACUAUUGAAUUGUACAUUGAUGCCACAUAUCACGUAUCGAAACGCGAUGCCAACCUUCCAUCAUUGGCGCAUCAAAGAUCAACGUUUCGGGCUUUCAUUCGGUUCAGCCUAUGAUGCCUCCAAAUUCUACAAUCGUCUUCAGAAGGCAUUGGAACAUUUGUGCCAUCAAAGCAAAUCAAUCCUCACACGUGUUUUAAGCUCCAUUCUCAACUAUCACCGUGUUGUACAAGUGUCUCUGUCAACUCUUAUCAUAAUGUGUUUAUGUAUUGGUAUUGUGUUGGAUGCAAACGAGGGUGCUGCUGCCCAAGCUAUUAAAGCACCAUUCCCUCGACUCUAUCGUUUCGGAGUGCGUCCGCUUUCGAAUCAAAAUAUUCCAUACUGUCUUCGGAAUAAUUUCUUGCCGUAA